GGUGUUCUCUCUGUGUCUGUUCCAAGCCAUGCAUGGGACGUUCGUGAUUCUGUUGCCACUCAGCCUGAUCCUGAUGGUGUUUGGGGGGAUGACGGGAUUUCUGAGCUUCCUCCUUCGAGCCUACCUCCUUCUGCUGCUCACGGGGACCCUCUUCCUCUUUGGAGCCCUGGUGACCCUGGCUGGGAUCAGCGUGUACAUCGCGUACUCGGCGGCCGCCUUCCGCGCAGCGCUGUGCGUCCUGGAGGAGGGGACCCUGCUGGACCAGGUGGACAUCCACUUCGGCUGGUCCCUGGCCCUGGGCUGGAUCAGCUUCAUCUCCGAGCUGCUCACCGCGGCGGCCUUCCUGGCAUCUGCGCGUGUGCUCCACCUGAGACGUGGGCAGGACCAGCCCAUCUGAGCCUGGACAAGCCCUGG